GCCAAGUGAUUUUCCAAGCGAAGUCGAACAUGUCCGGAGCGAGGUGCGCUCGUCGGGUUUAACCGGCAUCGGAACUACUGUUGAACGCUGAGACUUUCGGAUUUCAGAGCAUCUUCCAAUUUCUUCCCCGAAACUGCCUUUGUUUACUCAGAGAAGGAAAAGAAACGCAAAUUCUGUCUCCCAGAUAGAUGGCAGAGUUGUCCAUAUGUGGCAAUACCAGUAGCCCUGAGCUGACCCCAGAGGAAGAGAGGAUUAUGAUAAGAGACAUUGCCCUCGCUGCCGAAGCUAAUAUCAAAGAGGGGGAGACCUUUUACUUGAUCACACAGAGAUGGUGGCAGCAUUGGAUUGAAUAUGUGAACCAAGACCAAACAAACAAUGCAUAUGAUGGGGCUUCCUUUUCAGAGCAUUGUGAUUUGGCUAAUUUAAAUGCUUUAAAAAGGCCAUCUGGUAUUGAUAAUUCUGAUUUGAUAUAUGAUGGAACGUCUGAGGAUUCUGGGGCAGGUGCUGAGAUCCAUGAUACUUUGUUAGAGGGCAGAGACUAUGUAUUGCUUCCCCGAGAUGUUUGGAAUCAAUUAUAUUUAUGGUAUGGUGGUGGUCCUACAUUGGCCAGGAAAGCCAUUUGUUCAGGUCUUUCACAGACAGAAUUGGCCGUAGAGGUGUAUCCUUUAAGGCUUCAGUUACUUGUGAUGCCAAAAGGUGAUCGGGCCACUAUAAGAAUAAGCAAGAAGGAAACUGUUGGACAGCUUCACCGAAAAGCUUGUGAAAUAUUUGAUCUUCAGUCAGAACAAGUACGCAUUUGGGACUACUAUGGCCGUCGGAAGCAUGCCUUGAUGAAUGACAUGGACAAAACACUUGAUGAUGCCAAUAUACAAAUGGACCAGGAUAUUCUUGUGGAGGUCCUUAACAAUAUGAAUAGCAUAAGUUCUGCUCAGGACAAUGGAUCUGCACUGAGGGAAUCAAGUUCUGCUCUUGCAGAGCCAUCCAAGUCAGGCUUAUCAAUUGGUGGCGGCUUAUCUGCCAGCAAGGGAGCACCUAGAAACUAUAACGCUGAGCUUUACUCAUCUCAAAACCUGACUUCUACAGUUAGAGACGUAGAUAAUACUUGUGGAACCAGUGGUGUUAGCACGAGAGGUUCUUCAGGUGGUCUCACUGGAUUGCUGAACCUUGGCAAUACUUGUUUUAUGAAUAGUGCGAUCCAGUGUCUUGUUCAUACUCCGGAGUUUGCUAGGUACUUUCGGGAGGAUUAUCAUCAAGAGAUAAAUUGGCAAAAUCCAUUGGGCAUGGUUGGUGAACUAGCCCUUGCGUUUGGUGAGUUGCUUCGAAAGCUAUGGGCACCUGGGCGAACCCCAAUUGCUCCCCGACCUUUUAAAGCAAAGCUUGCACGCUUUGCACCUCAGUUCAGUGGUCACAAUCAGCAUGAUUCUCAGGAACUUUUAGCAUUCCUACUUGAUGGUCUCCAUGAAGAUCUAAAUCGUGUAAAACAUAAACCAUAUAUAAAGUCUAGAGAUGCUGAUGGUCGACCGGAUGAGGAAGUGGCUGAUGAGUAUUGGGCAAAUCAUAUUGCUCGUAAUGAUUCGAUAAUUGUUGACGUGUGUCAGGGUCAAUACAAAUCAACUUUGGUUUGUCCAGUUUGCAAUAAAGUCUCUGUCACAUUUGAUCCUUUUAUGUACCUUUCCUUGCCACUUCAGUCCACCACCACUAGGACUAUGACGGUGACAGUUUUUACUUGCGAUGGAACUGCCCUGCCAUCUGCUUGUACUGUGACAGUGCCUAAGCAGGGGCGCUGCAGAGAUCUGAUUCAGGCACUUAGCAAUGCUUGUUCAUUGAAGCCUAAUGAGAGGCUGUCGCUUGUGGAGAUACGUAACCAUUUGAUCCAAAGAUUUCUAGAAGACCCUCUCAUAUCAUUGUCUACGGUUAAAGAUGAUGACCAUCUUGCUGCUUACAAGAUUCCGAAGAUCAACAAAAAAACAAAAUAUCUCCAGCUAAUACACCGCCGUAGGGAGCAGAAUAGUGAGUCCCAGACCAUAUCAGGAUGGAAACCAUAUGGAACACCUAUUGUUUCCUUGAUCUCAUGCGAUGAUGCAGUCACAAGAGGUGAUAUACAGGUAAUGGUUCAUCGUAUGCUCUCUCCUCUUUUGAGGAAAGGCAGUAAUGUGGAACAAGCUAGUAAUUCUGAAUCCAGCAUCCCAAGAGCAACAUCAGAUCAAGGCAGUGGGACUAAUCCUGUCGAAGCAUCUGCUGGAACCAUGUCGUCAAAUCUGCCAAAUAAGGAUGGCACUGAUUCCAAAGCACCAAUACCUAAGUUACCUCUUCAAUUAGUGGAUGAUACUAAUGCUUGCAUUGAUCUCUCAAUGGGAGAGGAAAAAGUGGUGAAACUGUCUCCGUCUUCUGCAACAGUCCUAGUAUAUGUUGAUUGGUCACAGAAGCUUCUGGAAAAGUAUGAUACUCAGCCACUUGAGAAUUUGCCAGAAGUUUUAAAAUAUGGGCCUGCGACCAAGAAAGCUCGUACUGAACCUCUCUCUUUGUAUACUUGCUUGGAAGCUUUUCUGCGUGAAGAACCUCUGGUGCCUGAAGAUAUGUGGUACUGUCCUCAGUGCAAAGAGAGACGGCAAGCAAGCAAAAAGCUUGACUUGUGGAGGCUUCCAGAGGUGCUGGUGAUUCAUCUAAAGAGGUUCUCAUAUAGCCGGUCAAUGAAGCAUAAGCUAGAGACUUUUGUUAACUUUCCCAUUCAUGACUUCGACUUAACAAAUUAUAUAGCCAACAAAAACAACUCCAGACGACAAAUCUAUGAAUUAUAUGCCCUUACAAACCAUUAUGGUAGCAUGGGUAGUGGGCAUUACACAGCGCAUAUCAAGCUUUUGGAAGAAAAUAGGUGGUAUAACUUCGAUGAUAGCCACAUUUCACCCAUAAGUGAGGAUGAGGUUGCUAGUGCAGCAGCCUACGUUCUAUUUUACCGGAGGGUGAAGACUAAUGAUGCAGCCAUCAGCAAUGGGGCUUAGUCAGGCACCGAUGGACCAUUGUUACACCCCAAAAGCAGAUUUCAAGGCCAUCCAUCUUCUCCAUAAAAGUACUAUUAAAACAAAGAGAAAGAAGAGAGAGAGAGAGAGAGAUAGUUUAGCAAUACCCAGAUCAUCUGGGCGUUUACAUGUACGGAAGAGCACAUGCCUAUUGAACAUACAAAUGAGUUUUCACAAAAAAAAGAAAUGUAGUAUGUGGAUGUAAUUGAUUGAUGGCCUUUCUGUUUCAGGGGAAGGUUUU